GAGGAGGAGGAGGAGGGCGGGCUGAGCUGCGCCUCGUCGCCUGCAGGUGGCGCUCAGAGCGCGGCGGAGGCAGCUCUGAGGCCGGCCGGAGCGGAGCGGGAAGGAGCGGGGAGGUGGAGGCUCCGCAGAGGAGAGACUCCGGACCGGGAAGGUGCACCUGCGCGCGCGCGCCUCCUCUUCAUCUAUCAGGUGAUGAAAAGUUUGAUGAAAACGGCACUGAUGAAGAAGAUGAUGAUGAAGGCGCGCGCGCACGGGCUUGUGAGCACAGAAAAUGUUGGGAAAUCCACAAAGUUGUUGGAAGAUGCUGGCUCCGCCCCCCGCCCCCCCACCCCCUGAGAGUGAGGAGUUUACGGGUGAGGGAGGGAGAGAGAGGGAGGGAGAGGAGCGCGAGCGCAGUUGUUUGGACUUAGUCCCGUCUUUCGUCACACACGGUGCAGGCGCGCGCUCCGCUCCGUGCCGGACCGGACCGCGAGGCGGACAGUUUCAGGGCAGCGCGCGGACGGGAAGCUAUCAGGACGUUGGGCGCGUGCGCUCCGGGACCUGCUUUACCUGGGUGAUUUUCUUUCUUUUUCUUUUUCUUUUUUUGGCAUUUUUGUUCUUUUUUUUCUUUUUUUUGGCUCUGCGUCUAUACCCGCCACCCCCACACCCGCGGAGGAUGCUGCCGCGGCUCCGUCAGUGACCGUCCGGACCGGUGUCUCCCCACCAAGAAGCUGCGGCUCCAGGACGGACAGCCUGCGGACCCGCGGCGCCUGUCACGACAGAGAAAGUGGGCUCAAAGUGGAUGAAUAAUUCCCCCCCGGGUGGAUUGGAUCCUCAUCAGGCGCGCGCUCGGACAGAAUUCCGGGUCCUGGUGGAUUCUGGCGGAUUUUUGCUGCGCCUUUGAGCCGGGAAGCGGCGGCGCGGACGCGGGGCUGGAGCGCUCCGAGCGGGGGACCCGCGCGGCUCUCACGCGUUUCAGGAUGCUGCUGUCUGGAGAAGUCAUGGCUGUUCUGAGGUGGGGAUGUGUGCUGCUCCUGAGCAUCACGCUGAUGGUUCCUUGCGGCGCCGUCUCCUCUAACCACAAGUUUAGAGUGGCAGAGGAGCAGCCGCCCAACACUAUGAUCGGCAGCCUGGCGGCAGACCUCGGCCUACCCGAAUCCGGACACCUGUAUAAGCUGGAAGUGGGCUCGCCGUACCUGAGGGUGGACAGCAGGACCGGUGAAAUCUACACCACAGAGAUCCCCAUUGACCGAGAGACUCUCAAAGACUGCCGUAACCUGUUCUCAGACGACCCAUGCUUCCUAGAGUUUGAGGUGUCGAUCACGGACAUGGCGAAGGGGAUCAGCUCGAGCCCGCGGCUGAUCGAAGGCAUCAUCGAGGUGCUCGACAUCAACGACAACACACCGCAGUUCUCCUCGCCCAUCCUCACACUCUCCAUCCCCGAGAACACGCACACCGGUACCCUCUUCUCCAUCCCCGUCGCGGUGGACAGGGACUCGGGAUCCAACGGCGUGGCGGAGUACACUCUGACCACCGGUCCAGACGCCAACCAACUCUUUGGCCUGCAAAUCUUUGACGACGGGGAAGAAAAAGUCCCGCAGGUGAUUGUCCAGGGGACCCUGGACCGCGAGAAGAAGGACUCGUAUGACCUGAACAUCCGAGUGGUGGAUGGUGGGAAGCCACCGAGAGCAAGCAGCGCUCUGCUGAGAAUCACAGUGACGGACCAGAACGACAACGCGCCCAAGUUUGAGAAGAGCCUAUACGAAGCGGAACUUCCGGAGAACAGUCCACCUGGACACUCCGUGCUGCAGGUGAGGGCCAACGACGCCGACACCGGUGCCAACGGAGAGAUCGACUACAGUUUUCAUCAGGCCAGCGAUAUUGUCCAGAGACUACUUCGCAUUGACCGCUCCACAGGCAUCAUCUACGUCAAGGGUCUGGUGGACAGAGAGGAGGUUAACCUGCUCAAGUUCUAUGUGACGGCCAGAGAUCGGGGGCCAAACUCCAAGAGUUCUAAGGCUCAGGUUACCAUCAAUAUCAAGGACCAGAACGACAAUGCACCGGCUAUCGAGAUCCGAGGUAUUGGUUUGGUCAUUCACCAGAACUCUGCGGCCAACAUCUCAGAGGACAUGCCGAUUGGCACACCCGUGGCCCUGAUUCAGGUGUCUGACCUCGACGAGGGGGAAAACGCAGUGGUGACCUGUGUGGUGGCCGGAGAUGUGCCAUUUCAGCUCCGGCCUGCAACCGAAUUAGCCAACGAUCGAAAGAGGAAAUACUUCUUGCAGACAACAACCCUGCUGGAUUAUGAACGCAUUAAGGAUUACAGGAUUGAAAUAGUUGCCGUGGAUUCUGGGAACCCAGCUCUGUCCAGCACCAACUCCCUUAAAGUCCAGGUCACAGACAUAAACGACAACACACCCAACUUCUCCCCGGCAUUGCUGGAGGUGAGCUUUGCAGAAGAUAACCAACCUGGUGAUAAAGUGAUUGAUGUUGUGGCAACAGACGCAGACAGCGGCGUAAAUGCAGAGCUGGUCUACAGCAUCAUCGAGCCGUCAGCCGCCAACCUCUUUGAGAUCAAUCCCAACACUGGAGAGAUCCGCGUGAGGAACCAGUUGGAUCGUGAAGACGUGGAGCUCUACGAGUUUGGCGUGGCUGCGGCAGACAAAGGCGUUCCAAGUAAAACUGGGACUGCAAUAGUGGUGAUAAAUGUUGAAGACCGAAACGACAAUGACCCAAAGUUCAUGCUAAGUGGCUACAGUUUCUCCGUCAAUGAGAACAUGCCUCCACUCAAUCCUGUUGGUGUGGUUACGGUUAGUGAUGCCGAUAAGGGGGAGAAUUCUCAGGUGACUCUGUUUGUGGAGCCAGACAACGGCAAGUUCAUCAUCCAAAACGGCACAGGAACCAUUCUCUCCAGCAUCUCUUUUGACCGUGAAAAGGAAAGUACCUACACCUUCCGGUUGAAAGCUGUUGAUGCCGGUGAUCCCCCUCGAUCCUCCUAUGUUGGUGUAACUAUCAACGUCCUAGAUGAGAACGACAAUGCCCCCUACGUCACCAAACCUGCCAACUCCUCCUACACACACCUGAAACCAAGCUCCCCGCCAGACACUCCUGUGGAGGUGGUGAAAGCUGAGGACAUUGAUGCUGGGCUCAACGCUGAGCUGUACUACACCAUAACCGGAGGAAAUCCCCACGGCCUCUUUGAGAUCUCACACAGCAGCGGAGAGAUCAAACUGGCUCAGGGAUUCACCGGCAAGCACAAGGGGCUCCACCGCCUCGUCGUGAAAGUCAGCGAUAAAGGCAAGCCUCCUCGCCACACCACCGCCCUCGUCCACGUCUACGUCAACGAGACCACCAACAACGUGUCCCUCAUCGAGGGACUGGUCGGCCACAGCCUCUACACGCCUCUGGACAGAGACAUUGCUGGAGAUCCCAACUACGACCCCGCUCAGCAGAGCAACAUCGUGUACGGCAGCCUCGCAGGGAUAGCGGGUGUGAUCCUGAUCAUCGUGGCCGUGGUGGUCAUCAGAUACUGGCUGCAAAACGAUACCAAGAGUGGGUACCAGGCUGGCAAGAAGGAGAACAAAGACCUUUAUGCUCCCAAGCAGGGUCCAAAGAACGGCAAAGGGAAAAAGAGCAAGAAGAACAAAGCUCCCAAACAGCCCAAGCAGCUGGAGGAGGACGAGGAGGCCAGCCUCCAGAAAGGCUUCGGCUUCAACCAUAUCAAAGAGAACCUUAACGACAGUCCCAGAAUUCUGUUGCCCCUCAAUCGCCAACCCGGAAGCCCUGAUCUGGGCUGCCACUACCGCUCUAACUCCCCCCUGCCGUCCAUUCAGUUGCAGCCUCAGUCCCCCUCGGCCUCCAAGAAGCACCUCGCCGUUCAGGACCUUCCCGCCACCAACACCUUCGUAGGAACAGGCGACAACAACUCCACAGGCUCUGACCAAUAUUCGGAUUACAGCUACAAGGCCAAUCCACCCAAAUACAGCAACAAACAGCUUCCUCACCGCCGGGUCACCUUCUCCACGUCCAAUCAGGCGCAGGAUCUGCAGGACGCAUCCCAGCACAGCUACUACGACAGCGGCCUGGAGGAGUCGGAGACCCCCAGCUCCAAGUCGUCGUCCGGGCCGCGGAUCGGGCCGCUGGCUCUGCCGGAGGACCACUACGAACGGACCACGCCCGACGGCAGCAUCGGCGAGAUGGAACACCCGGAGAACGGAGAGGAUGGAGAGAUGGAGCCACGGAUGGAGGGAGGGACUUUUAAGAGACCGCGACACAUGAGCGAGUUCAUGUCUGAGCAUGCAGAAGCGAUAAGAAACCUCAGGCCUCUCCCCGACGUGGCGAUGACCGGUAACUGCACCCGCGAGUGCACCGAGUUCGGCCACUCCGACUCCUGCUGGAUGCCCGGCCAGCCGUCCCCCACCCGCAAGGUGUCAAAGAGCGCCCCCAAGCUCUCCACCUUCGUGCCUUACCAGGAGAUGGACGGGCAGGAGCAGCUGAUGGCCAACGGGAGCCCCAAACCCAUGGUGACGGAGGAGCGCGGCGGAGCCGGGGGCAGCGGCCCCAAGGUGGCCAACAUGAGGUUCAUGACGCCCUACAGCAGUGCCUACCCAGGGGGCGGGGCCUCCUCUGGCAAAGACUGUGGGCUGGAGGAGAUCCCGCUGAGCCAGGCGGUGGAGUACCACUCAGCCACCACCCCCACCGGCCAGAAGAGGGAGAUCUACCUGUGAGGAGGCACCCCUCCCUCCAACAGUCCCCAUCAUCCACAUUGUCACUGCGGCUGCCCCCUCGCCCUUCACGGCCGUCCCCUGUGCCUGUACCCCGCCGCGCCGCAGCACCGGCCCCUGUUAGAGACCGCAGCAUCAAAUAAGGCUUUACACCCUCCAUGCCGUCCCCACCCCCACCCUGACCAAACCCGGUUUGUGCUGCGGCCGAAUGUAGAAUCACAUCAUCGUCGUGGAAACUAUUUAGCUACAACUGAACGUUUUUUCUUUGUGUUGAAAAGAGAGACGGAGCUUAGGAAGCGCUUCCGAACGCCGUGUGAUGCUCUGGAUCUCAACGUUUUGUUUUCUGUCGACUCCGAAGGAAGAAAGAGUUUUUACAGACGUUUGCAGAAACCAGGAUUUCUUGUGAUCUUUGGAGUCUUUUUUAGUUCCGUCCUUUUUGCAGAGGUUUUUCUCCGAUGUACAGAGCUGUAAAUAUGACAAACGGGGACAGAACGCCGCCGUGGCGGUCUUUGGAUCCGCUUCUCCGUCUUUAUAAAACAUCCCUUUGAUGGACGGGAAACGUGGACAAGAACUCUGCGGCGUUCCCGUCACUUUGCAGGAACACGGACUCUGGAGCAUCACCGCCGGUGCCGAGUUUCAAACAAAAGACUCUUUCUUACCUUUCUGUUGGUUUGUUUGCUUUUCCUCUACGGCUUUACGGCACGCCGGAACUUCUCAGCCGCCGCGGCCAAAACCGAAAGAAACCUUAAGUGGAUCCACAUCUCUGGCUGCUCCUGCGGCGGUCAGGAGAACACCUUCACUAAAGGGUUUAAGAUCACUUCAUGUCAUCUCACAGCUUCACUCCCAGACGUGUUUUCUCAUCAAACCAGGAGAGUUCUAGAAAGUGGUCGGUAAACCCAGGAGUUACCAGAGACUCAGUUAAACAUAUUAAAGUUAGACAGUGUAUUCUGAAGGAAAUCUGCUGAACUCUUGUUGUAGAUCUUCAAUGUUAGUUAUUACAUGAAAAGAGAAACAAUCUGGAUGUAAUCUGAAACCGGUUUAUUAUCUUGAUGGAAACGUUUGGUAGGUAAAGCAUGAAUCUGGUGAGGCUGUUGGGGCAUCAGUGAGAAUCCUUGACAACACUGCAGCCUUUCAGGGUAUAAUGGGACUCUUUGACCCCCCAUGGCCUUGUGACCUCAGAGCCAAACCUCACCCCCCCGGCCCAAACACAGCACAGAGAAGCUCACGGCCACCUCUGAGGGUCUGCACAGGAACGGUAAUGAGCCCUAAACCCAGAGAACCGAGGCAGAAACGAGUCGCUUCCUCCUGAAAGUUCACGAAAACAUUCAGAACGGCGUGUCAGAAGAGUCGACCUCAUUUCCUGUCAGACAGUUUUGUGCUGCUGCUGAGGUCACCGCCUCUGUAGGAGCACUUCAUCACACUCACAUUAGUUUCUCCUCCAUCCUGACUAGUGUUGCUGUAGGGACCUCCUUCAACGUGUCAGAGACAGCAGCAGGAGGCUGUAGUGGACCAGUUCUGGAGUCAGCCUCGUGCACACCUCGUAUCUGGAGGGAAUCUCGUUAGGCAGCUUGGGUCUCAGAUUCCUGUUAAUCUGCCUCUGCAGCUCAGAUGGUGGACAGAAGCUAAAGAUUUACUUCAUUUUUGAGCCAAACAUUGAGAAUUUAGUCAAUUUCAGUGAUGUGAACUACCAAAAACUCUAAAAACAUUCUUCUGUGGAGGUCAUGAAGGUAUUUGAGCUCUAAAAACUACCAGAGCUUCUGCAUUGAUCCUGGAUUGACGGUAACCAUGUGUGUACACAUCCGUCCUAGACCCAAAUCCAAUCCAAACCAGUUUUUUUUAAAAACUUGUUCUAAAAAAGGACUCAACCUCCAAACCAGAAUCAGCUUCUUUUAUUGUCAUUAGAGUGAAAAUUAAAAAAGAGAAGUGCUGCCUCUUCCUGUUUAGGACGAAUGCCUCCAUGAGUGAACAGGAGAAUAAACCACUCCUCUCUGGGUGUUUGAUGUCAGCAUCCAGCCUCCAUCAUCAGAGGAACAUCAAAGGAAGUCAGGCUUGGAAAGAAAGCAGCCGGCAAAUGGGGGCAUCUGGUGAGGGGUCUGGUGCAGUUUGUCAGUGAAACAGUCAGCGGUUCUGAUGUUGGCGGUCCCAAUGUCAGAGUCCCGAUGUCAGAGUCCUGAUGUCUCAGGUCCUGAUGUCAGAGUCCCGAUGUCAGAGUCCUGAUGUCAGAGUCCUGAUGUCAGAGUCCUGAUGUCAGAGUCCUGAUGUCUCAGGUCCUGAUGUCAGAGUCCUGAUGUCAGAGUCCCGAUGUCAGAGUCCUGAUGUCUUAGGUCCUGAUGUCAGAGUCCUGAUGUCAGAGUCCUGAUGUCUCAGGUCCUGAUGUCAGAGUCCUGAUGUCAGAGUUCCGAUGUCAGAGUCCCGAUGUCCGAGUCUUGAUGUCAGAGUCCUGAUGCUGGCAUACCCACCUGUUAAUGAAACAGAGCAUUCACCAUCAGUCACUCAGCCCCCCCCCCACCACACAGCUUCACAGACAUUUUGGGUUCAGGAUCACUCCCGCUGUGGUUUAACUCCGACAUCUGGAGCUCUGGUGGAACCCAGACGUCCUCACGUUCUGCCUGUCCUCCCUUCAGUUUCACCAUGACUGCGCGGUGAAAGCUUCCGUCUGUGGCUGCACUCCAGACUCCCGGAGUGUUGCGUAAGAUAAAGAUGGAGGAGAGGGGCUGGGGGUCACGGGGUGUGAGUUUAACCUCUAGUCUGUGGCACCAAUUAACCUCCGAAGGAGGAACAAGCACCUCUGGUAACCCCGGUAACCUGCGGCGAACGUGUUGCUUCCAGCCGGAUCUCGCCGGAGGAUCUGGGAGCGGGAGAGUGAAGGCAAACGGGGCUGUGAGGGCGCCGCCUUCGCCCCCGAAAACCCAGAAGCUGAGCAGAUGAAUGGCGAACUGCGUCUGCUUUAGUUAAUAAACCGGUUCGGGUUUGCAGUGGAAGGUUUGCUGGACUCUCUGCUGGAUUUGGGGAAGUUUAGAGAAAAAUGGAUUCAACUAAAAAAUAAAUAAGUUAUUUAUAAAAUAGACUUUUAAAUUCAGAAAAUAGAUUACGGUGGGCUGUGCUGCAGUGGACGACACCCUGCGCUCCAACAGGUUGGCUCCUGUGUUUGCUGCUCACAUCCAGAAGAGCUUCAAGGUGAAAGUGGUCAUGUGACGUGGAGCAACAGGUAGAAUCUUCAAGGUGAAAGUGGUCAUGUGACGUGGAGCAACAGGUAGAAUACACAAACAGGAAAAAUGUUGGAAGUUAAAAUGCAUUAAAACCAUCAGAGACGGACGCCAGUUCAAACACAAACGGUCUCAUGGAAGGUUUUUAAAACCAGAUUCUGUUAACAUCAAAAUAUCUUUAUUUCUACAUUCUCUAUUCAAUUUAAAACUAUAUUCUGGACUUCUUAACGUCUGUUUAGUAUAAUACUCCACAGAUUUGUUUGACAGUUUGUUCACAUUUUCUUUUUCUUUGGUUCAUUAUUUUUAUUUGUUAAAAACAUGGAAGGCAAAGGUCGCCACCUGGACACAUCCAGGGACCAAACCCCACAGAGAAAUGCUUCACUUACAUUAUUUCUGCUCCGUUUACUGUCCAAAGGAAGUUUUAUUUUGAAAAACCCGGCUUCUACUCCACAUCCGUCUGUGAUUGAUGCAGAUGGAGAUGCUCUCUUUGGUCACACGUCUUACAAACAUCCACUUCCUUCUUAACCGUAGAACACUUUAGCUAUAAAGAGUUACACCAUAACUUUAGCCGGGUCAUUUUUACCCGAUAUAAUGCACCCAAUAAAACGUAUUUGUCAUGAAAAAUAGAUCAAAAUAUGACAACACUUGAUAAAUUAGAGCAGUUUUCUUAAAUUUUCAACUGUGGUUUAUGUAACACAAUGGAGAAUAUGAACAUAGGAAGGUUCUAAAAACAUGCUCAAAGAUUACUGAAAAAUUAGGACUUAGAAAACAAAAAAAAUUGUAGAAAAAUAAUAAAAAUAAUAUUAAUAUUGUAGACUUGGUCUUGGUCUAUCCAUUCCUGGGUCAUGUGGGACUUGAGGGACCGUGACACACUUGUGUCAAUUCUUUUGCUCGGGUGAAAAUCACCCAGCGAUAGUUCUCUAGGGUUAAAGCAGAAAUGAAAGCUCCUAAAGUAACUUUAGAGAAAAAAAAAUCUGACUUUUACCAGGAGACUUUACUCAUAAUAUGGAUUUACUGCGAACCCACGGUUCAUAAAACGUGACCCUGAUGUUAAAAGGAUGCUGCUAAUAAAGUUGUGGAUUCAUAUUUAUUUGAGUAUCUAGAAAAUACCCGUUUUCGUGGCAGUUGUAUCCGAUCAUUUAUCAUCUUAAAGAGUCUGAUGGUAUUGGUCAUCUCCGUUCCCAAACUUCUCUUUAAAGUCUCCACAAACAUUUCCAGCUCCUCCGUGGAGAACCGUGAAGUUCCCGGCCGACCCCCCCAGCCCCCUGGGACCCCUGCUGUCACCCUCAGAGCGCCUGAGCUGAACCGUGUGCUGUGUGGGGGGGCCUUCAGACCUGUCUGGUGACAGAAAUAUUUCCUCCUGAGUUCCAGCAGCCGCACUGCCCUGAAGCUUUCUGCCGUGAACAAAAGAAAUGAAGUGUCUCAUCACGCCGUUUCAGCCGCACUGGCGUCUGUGAAGCACCUCCUUUAUAUAUUAUGGAUGGAAAACAGAUUGAUAAGAAAUGGAGGGCUUGGAGUGCAGCGUGAUUCAGCCCAACAUGCAUCAUUUACCAAUAAACUGCAGUUUGUUUACUCCCAAAAAUCAAUGCGUGUCUGGAAAAACGCUGUUUUACAAGUAAGAUGCGGCCCUUCAUUUGAAAGAGGCUCUUUGGGCUUCAAACUGCUGCUUUAGCCUGGAUUCAUUAUUAACUCACAAAGUGCACAUCUGUACUCCUCCUGCGAAUCACUUCAGACGUGCCGAGGCGUGACUUCAAUGCACAAUCAUCUAAUCCUCAGAAAAUCACGCUUCAUCACUGACAGCCAUUACUUAUGGAUGACUGUUGUACUCCAACAGAAAAGUUUUGUAGCUUAAAAUCCAGACGGUUUCACAUUUGAGAGUUUUAAUGUUUAAAUUGUCUUUUUUCAUGUUUUGUUUCUUUUAGUUUUUUUUGUUGUUGUUAAAUAGUUGAUGUAAUGAAGCUGCGUGUCGGAGAUAAGAGAAGUCGUGUUUUGUGCUAGCGGCUAAAAAACUUAAAACCAGCAAAACACCUUCAUACCUGUUUGGAAUCAAAGCUGCAGUUUCUGCUGGAUUCUAGACGCACACGUUCUCUGGUUCAGGGCAGGAGGGAAAGUUCUGAAGGACUCGGAGGUCACAGAGCGAGGCGGAAACACCAGAGACGAGAUUCAGAUCCGUUUGGGUUGAAGUUAAAGCCGAUGAGCAAACGGCUGUGCUAACAUUUCACCAAAAUGUGUGAAGGUCAAAUCCUCCUUUCAUCUCCAUCCCGUCUUUAUUUAGAUUCACAUCUGAGACGACGGUGAUGACCUCUUACUGCUCACUCAAUGCAUAAACAUCCCACAAUCCACAGGGAAAAUGUCCGACCAGUUUAGCUUUUCCUCCACAAAAAUCCGGAUUUCAGUUUUUUCUCUCGUAUUUUUCUGAUUGGACUUUUUUAUCUAUUUUUCAAACAUUUCUUUAAAAGCAUAUUUCCUUUUGCUCAACACCUCAAAAUGCUUUAGAUAUUAAAUAAAUAGAUAAUAUGUGCGCACAUUAACAAACAGAAGCAAAAGAAUCCGUCUGUAAAAUCAGGAAACGACAGCAGCAGCAGAAGAGAAACUGAAGUCAAAGUGAAGCUAAAAAGACAGAAGAGGACGUCUGCACGUCCUUCAGGUGGUUCCACAGGUGAGCUGGAAUGAGACCUCCACCUGAGGACUGAAGGACGAAAAUAAGCUAAAAACAGUUCUGAUCAUUAAGAAACAGAAGUAAAAACCUUAAAAUGUGAUCUUUAUUUUUGAUCUUAAACACGAGCAGCUGAGAUGGACAAUCUCCACCCAAAGAGGAAGGAGAGCUCCAUGUUUCUGACCUUCCUCCCAUCUUCCAUCAGAACCGGUUUUCCACAUUUUUAAGUGUAAAGAUGUUUUUCUGUUGUUGCACGUGUCGUCUGUGAAGCUUUGGCCCAUCGAACACUGAGGGAACCGUUUGAGUUUUCUCAGUCCGUCUCAGUCUGCCAGCGUCGGCUCUUCGUCUUCUCGUUUGAGUUUCUCCUAAAACCUCGUUUUCCAGACGUUUGCCUCAGAAUGAUGUUAAAGUCAGAAAUCAGCUGCGUUUCCGUCUGAACGUCUGUGGAGCUGCAGGUUGUGUUUCCACUAAUGAAGCUUCGUUUUAGAGAGGACUCCUCCUGGAGAAGCUUCCUCUGGUUUCUGUAGUUCUCCUGAAGCCUCGUCAUCCUCUCGCUCACAGUAGAAAUCACAAAAGCUUUUCUUGUUUGCUGGAGCUUCAUCCUCACUCACAGACUCUUUACAAAUGUGAGAAGUCUGAACGCGACGGCGGCGGAUCCGACCUUCACGGCUGGAGCGUUCGGCGAUGAAGACGAGGCUUCAGCUGAGCAUGAAACACGCCGACCUUAUAAAUAUUGAUGCGUUUUCCUUGUUGUUGCAGAUGUUUUAUCAAUGUUAUGAGUCAAACACUGCUAUAGACAUACUGUAUGAAUAGAAGUGGUUGUUGCUGUUCUUUACAGACGGGGGGGUGGGGGGGGUGCAUUUAUUUACAUGAUAUUUACUUUGUUUAUUUUGUUUUUUCUGCCAGUACCUCAGAACAGAACCGUCAAACUGGGUUUCAGAACCUCCACAUCUUCUGGUUAAAGUUUAGGUGGCAGUUUGCCUAAAAAUAUAAAUAUAUAACAUUUUGCUUUUAUAAACCAUUAAAAUAAAAAACGUUUUGAGGUCAGAAACCUGAUCCAAACAUAGUCCAGAACUCAAACCAAACGAGUUUUGAGUUCGGGUCUCUGUGAUCCAAACUGACUGAUUUUAUGAAUGAACUCAAACAGAAAUCAGCUCAGAGACUCUCAGAGAAUCUACCUUGACGUUUGUGUCCGUGGAGUUUUAUAUAUUUCUAAGAGCAGAAAGAGAAACCGCUGAGUCAUGUUUGUCUCUCCAGAAGGUUCGUGGGCUAGAUGUUGAUGGGUAUAUUUAUAUAGGAACACUGCUAGUGAUGCCUUGUUUUCUGUACAGUUUUAUGUACAUGCAAGUGUAGGUUUUCAAAAGAAGAGAAGAUCUAUAUUCACACAGUAAAGGGAACCUGACCCUGUAGGAUCAGCCCAGUACUGUAGUACUGCUGAGUCAUGCUCAGAGACUCCGCCCCCAUCCACUCACCUUCACUGCGUUUCUUUCCUCACUUCGUCUGUUUUGGAGGGAGUCGGCUGACGUGUUCGUUUGAUCUUUUAUUCCCAUCUGCAUGUUUGAAUUUCAAAAUGUGGCUUUUUGGUUUAUUUUGCUGAGCGAAUCAAAGAAACAAUAUCUUGUAAUUAUUCCUUCCUCAUAGCUUUACAAUAAAAACAUUCAGUCAAAGAAG